AUGAAUGCGUCACGCGGUAACCAGGCUCAACCACAGCCACUCCGCAACAUGUCGAUGAACCAGUACGGCGCGCAGCCAAGCUCACGGCAGACACCCAGACUGCAGAACACCCAAAAGACUGGCCUUGGAAAUGGCAAUGCUGGUGCCAAUUGGUCUUUCGGCACUCCAGCUUCCGCCAACGGAUUUGGUGGACUCGCAGGCGGUGCUCCCGGUCUCGCCCAGGGACGGUCGCAGCUCACUGCGUAUGCCAAUGCGAUAGGCGGUGGCAGUGGUCAAGCCCCCAUCGAUUUGAGUGACUUUCCCACUCUCUCAGGGCCACCACGCCAGCAGCAGAACAGCGGCGGCUGGAACAGCAACAAUGCCAUUCGUCAACCGCCUGUUCAGCAGCAGCAGCCACAGCAAAGCUCGCAGCAAGCGCAGCUACAAUCACAGCAGCGCACACCGUCCGCAGCACCGUCGCACGCAAACUCCGCUGAUCACUACGAUGGCGCCCGUUCACAGCAGCCUUCUGGCGACCAUGGCGGCGGAGCAAAUGAGUUCCCGCCACUUGGCGGACAACUGAAUGGCGACGGAAUGAGGACCUCUAACGGUUUUGGCAGCACUCUCGACUCCCCCGAGGAGUCGCAUCCGCAGCCCAACGGCCAACACUCACAGCUUCCCAUCCGCGACGCCUCAAAUACCUUCUCUCAGCCUCAACAAGCGCCAAUCGGUUCGCAGGCACAGACUCCUCAGAGUCAACCAGCCCCAAGUCAGAGCCCGCAGACCUCCCAGCCAUCACAGCCUGUGAAGAAGUGGUCCGAAAUGACCGAUCAAGAGCACUUUGGCCUUGCAGGUCUCAGCGCCAUUUUCGAAGCUCGAAAGCAGUUCGACAUCGGCGGUGUGGUCGACGAAACACUCCCACCUCAAAUGAGCAACUCAAUCCUCUUCAUGAGUCAGGAUCUCAACCAACUCGGCAUGGACUUGGACUCUCCGGAGCCCCUCCACCCCACCUUCCACGUCUUCCCUGAUGCUACGGGCACAGGCUCAUUAUUCGACAGCAGGAAGCCUGUUCCUGCGUUCAACGUGCCGGAUGCUUACACCGUAACUAAUGUCCCGCCGAUGGCCACACGCAUUGACGCGUUCAGCGACGAAACCCUUCUGCAAAUCUUCUACACAUCACCACGCGAUGUCAUGCAGGAACGCGCAGCUGAAGAGCUCUCGAACCGCGAAUGGCGCUGGCACAAGCUGCUCCGUCGGUGGUUGCAAAAGGACACUCGCGAAGCCAACUUGAGCAUUGUCUCGCCCAGCCAAGACCUCACCAACGGCGCACCCAUCGGAAUAGCACCCCAACGCAUUGACGAGCGCAGCGAGCGCGGUAUCUACAUCUUCUUCGACCCAGUGAACUGGCGUCGUGAGCGUCGCGAGCACACGCUCGACUACGAUGCGCUCGACAACAGACAGCCGAGUGGUGUUGCGAUCAAUGCGAUCAAUGCGAUGGGUGUCGGCGGCUCGGGUAACUUCAGUGCACCGCCCGGCAUGGGAAUGUCCGGAAGUGGCGCGGUCGCCAACCAGGGUGUGGGCAGUAUUGAGAGGCAGAGCUCUGUCAUCACUGGUGCAUAG